UUGUGACUAACUUGACAUAUGUAUCGUACACUGGCGAAGAAGUUAUGGAAGCAUACAACACUUUCUACCUUAUUUCGCAUUAACUAACCGAGCCUCCCUCAUGAGUUUAGAUAACUUUAUGUUUGUCGCUCUAGCUUGAGGACCAAAGGGAAUCUAUGGCAGCCAUCUAAAUGUGCGUCUGUCUGGUCACAAUUGAGUGACCAUGCCGAGCCAAACGACGUCCCCGCCGCUGACAGUGACUGUGUUGGCCGCACUCUGGGUCACUUUGGGUCGGUACGGUGUCUCCGAGUCUCUGGGACCGCUGGGAUGUGACAAUGGAAAGCUGUCUUUGGAUAGGGACCUGCCUGCGGAUGCUGUUUAUUGGGACUGUCCAGGGUCUACUACUUGGCCAGAGUCUCCUCAGAGACGUCCCAGUAUUGACACAGUGUAUGAUCCUGUGCCAGCCAGGCAGAUCUGCAUGGAUACAUCUAUUUCCUACAACCAUACCAUUCCCAACAGUGGAGCGUACAGACCAGUAAGGGCAGAGUGUGGAGAGUACUUGUACUGUCCUCCUCAACGGUGGCUCAAUAACUUGCACCACGGAGCACCUGUUUUGCUCUACCAUCCCUGUGCGCCCCUCCAUGAGCGUCUACUUCUGUCUGUCCUGGCCCGCUCAUGUCUGCCAGACUACAUUAUUACCUCACAUCCACAGCUCAAUGAAGACAUGCCGGUAGCCUUGGUGUCAUGGGGUCACACCUUGGAGCUGUCCACUGUGGCCUCUUCAGACGUCUGUGAUUGGCUGGAGACCACAACAAACGCAACAAAACAGUUUGGUGGUGUGAGCCAGAGCAGCAAGUACAACCUGCUGUUAACCUGGUCAGCCGAGCAGCAACAUGCACAUCCAGAGGAACGCUCCGCAAAAAUGAAGUCUCUGAGGCGAUGCUGCGAGCAGACCAUCUCUUCUCUGCUGAAUGGCGCGACGGACAAAGAGCUAGAGUCCAACGGGAAGAAGGAACGCUUGAGACAAAUGAAAGAAGAAGGAAAAAGGAGGCAGAUGAGAGCUGCCAUUAGAGAAAAACAGCAGAAUGUUAAGGAUGAGAAUGAGAGACAAAACACAACAACACACCAGACCACCAGAACCACCAGCGGCAGGACGGGGAACUUCCAGAACUACAACGGUACGCUUGGACCAUCAGCAGGUUCUCUUCCAGGGAACAGGACUCUCUCAGAUCCUCCAGGUCCCAGGGAAGCUCCUUCUCAAUCUAAGAUCCAGAGUACAAAACGGAGCCUUAAACCAACGCCCACAGCUCCUCUGGAGUCAAAUAUGUCUGACCUCAGAAACCCAAACCCCUCUGCUGGGUUGGAUGUUCAUGCAGACGGUGUGAACAGUGAACAUAAUGAUAGCGCGAGGCCCGAAGCCAGGGUCCUCGGUUCCAAAGAUGAAGGUAUAGACUCAGCCAAGCAGAGGGACAAUGACUCUGUUAGACACAGCCUGAAAGAGAAAAUCUCUGAAGAGAAAAACUUUGAUAAAGGCAACACAGCAGACGGCACAAUGAAGGCCAAUGACGUGGUAAACGUUAAAGAGAGAGAGUUGGAACGUAAGCAAACGCACGGUGACACGCACUCUCAGCACAAAAGUGAAAAGAUUGGCUUUGGUUCGGUUUCCAAAUCCCAAUCAGAGUCUCCGCCUCAGCCACAACAGCACCAGAACCCGCAGCCAGCCACUUCCCUGCCCAACAGCCACGACUGCGUCAGCUGCAGAGGAGCCGAACACUGUGAAUGCAACGAGGCCUCAGCCGCUCUCGUGAAUAAAGGGUUGCCGAGGACCCCCAGGACAGACGAGGGAGCGUGGGCGGCAGCAGCGCUGGGCUUCCUGCUGAUUCUCCUGACCCUGUCAGUGCUUCACACACGCCUGUACCGCCACUGGAGGACCACGCCCAGCCUUUACUGGCACGACCCACGACAGGACUACGACAGUGUGGCAGAUGUGAUCCGCAGGAGGCUACGAAUUGCAAACAGGAGACGAAAAAGGGGCAGGAGACAGGAGUGUGUUCUUCUGCCCAGCUCCUCCAGCUCAGAGGAAGAUCUAUAGAAAUAUGAAGGAACAAUCCCAGAGAAAGUAGAGGAGAUGGACAAUAUUGGCAAUUUGGCAACAACCUGUCUAUUAAAAAAAGUUACUGGAUAACCUGAAAAGCUCAGGCUGAAAUGCCACAAAGCUGCUCAAGGGUCGGUUAGAUCCUGUUUCCAAAUUGAUUGGGUACAGAGCGAUUUGACAGAGGUCCUCUCGCAUUUUCUUUUAUUUAUUUGUUUUUAGAUUGGGACCAUCUUUAUAUCUACUUCUCCUUGUGAAGGAGGGAGAACGGAAAAACAUUUUUUGACCAUCCAAAACGAGCGUCGUAUUACAAACCGCUAGAACACAGGCAAAUUAUAUGUGUCCUAGAUUUACCAUUUAAUAAUAUUGUAACCAGAACUACAGUUCCUAAAUAACAAGUAUCAAAGACUAUUUACAAAAGAGGCUAGUUUAUAUUGAUACACAACCAUCAUCAGUCAUGUGGUUCUGGACAUCCCCAUGAACAUCACAGCAGAGAGUCCAAAGAGAAGCCCUCAGGCUUUAUUCCAGAAAGUGACCUGCAAAUUGUAUGUAUUUGUAUUUGUUCCAAUACUGAUAAUAUUCUCCUACACAUCAUACAGUGUAUAUGUCUUAGUUUGCUCACUGCAUGUACAGUAUGUUUUUUAUUGUGCUAAGUUUAGUCCGAAAUUUGAUUUUAUAAUUUUUUUUAAUAAGUUUAAUAGUAAUAGUCUGUUGCUUUUACCUGUGAAGGUUUAGUAUGUGAAUAUGUUGCUGUUCUAAGCAACACUGUGUGUGGUAUGUAUUUUAAUUUAAAGGGGUGAUAGAAUGAUUAUAUAGGGUAUUUUACACUGUUCCUUAAGGUCUCCUAAUGGGGUAUGUAACAUUGG